AUGGCUGUCCUGAACUUUGCCGCCCUUCUGCUCCCUCUGCUCGCUCUGGCAUGCAAAGUUGGGGCCUCUGUUCCCACCCAUGGAGUUUCUCCGAGGAACGACCAACCCGAUGCCAUCACUCUCGCCGCUGGGCUCGACGCGGAGAGAGCUAACGGCACUGUCCGAGGACCAUUGCAUGGAAUACCGAUCAUCGUCAAAGAUAAUGUCGGGACUUUCGACAAGAUGAACUCUACUGCUGGCUCUUAUGCCCUUCUCGGCAGUAAGCUACCCCGCGACGCUACCAUAGCCGCGAAGCUCAAGGCUGCUGGCGCCAUUAUCCUUGGCAAGGCGAAUCUUUCUCAGUGGGCUAACUAUCGAUCCACCAAUUCGACCAAUGGCUGGACGUCGCGGGGUGGACAGACCUCGGCGGCUUGGUAUCCUCUUCUCGACCCAUCGGGCUCCAGUAGCGGUUCCGGAGUGUCGUCCUCCAUUGGGCUGGCCGCUGCUGCCAUUGGAACAGAAACUUCUGGCUCCAUUAUCUCUCCUUCCAAUCGGAACAGUCUUACUGGAAUAAAACCCUCUGUCGGUCUAACAAGUCGCUAUAACAUAGUACCUAUCUCUCAGACCCAAGACACGCCAGGUCCUAUGACUAGGACGAUGAAAGAUGCGGCUUACAUCUUGUCCGUCAUUGCAGGUGUUGAUUCGUACGACAAUUACACGUCUGCCAUUCCAUUCUCUCACAUCCCGGACUACGCCGCUGGAUGUACUCCUCAUGGACUCAAAGGUGCCAGGAUUGGCAUCCCACGCAAUGCCAUCAGCACGUCAGCGACUAACGGCCCUGAGAUUGCAGCGUUCAACGCGUCCAUCGCUGUCCUCAGAAGACUGGGUGCAAUCAUCACGGAUUCGGCCGACUUUCCAGAUCUAGCAGGUUACAGGAACUUCAGCGGUGCCGGAUACUCUACCGAUCCUGUGGUCGGCGCCGACUUCGUUGCGGACAUCGCUAACUACUUCAAUGGACUGACCUACAACCCCACCAAUAUCCAUAACAUCAACGAUUUGAUCAAUUUCACCAUGAAUUACCCAGCAGAAGAUUAUCCUGACCGCAAUGUCGUCACUUGGCAGCAGGACGCGAACCUCACAAUUAAGAUCGGGGAUUCGGCGUAUUACACGGGUCUGGAAGCUCAGUAUUACUAUGGAUCUAACGCUAGCAUCAAGAUAGCCAUUCUCGGUGCCCUGGAACAAAAUGGGCUCGACGCGUUGAUUAUCCCCAGCUCGCAGUCUCCAGGGUAUGCUUCAAUUGCUGGCUACCCAAUCAUCAGCGUUCCCCUUGGAUACUAUCCGCCCACGACGAACGUGACCUGGAAUUCUAGGAACACCCUCGUGUCCUUGGCUCCGAACAUGCCAUUUGGACUGUCGUUCUACAGUAGAAGGUUUGACGAGGCGACCAUCAUCAAGUUUGCGUACAACUUGUCACUGUCAUGUAAGAGCCCAUUGUUGAACCGUAAAUCAAUACGAAGUAGACGUAACGUUAAACUACGGUAG